AUGCAGAUUCAACAGCAUGCAGUCUUCAAGCAUUCAUCAUUCUACCUGUUGUAUGAAUUGCAUCCGCACAUUCCGGAGAAUGCUUCGGAAAAGGUGAGGGAGGAAGCAGUUGCGGACGCAGCAGGAACAGCAGUUGCAGACACAGCAGGAACAGCAGUUGCAGAUGCAGCAGGAACAGCAGUUGCAGACACAGCAGUCGCGGACGCGGAAUCAAGAUUGAAAGAGAUCAGCCAUGCACAUGCAAAAGCUAAUCAGUUACUCCUGAAUCAAGCAAUUCAAUCAAAAAGAAUACAAGACUCACUUGUUAAGAAAUCAAGUCUCAAGAUGAGAAUAUAG